UGGAGCAGAUAGUAUGAGAAAUUGUCAAAAGAUGGCGACUGUGCAUACAAAAUUGCGGAAGAACAUUUAUGCGAUACUAAGCGACGACAACUGAAGGAGGGAAAUUAAAAUGGAAUCGAAGCAAGCAGAAAACAUCGAGAAGACUGCAGUUAUAACCACUUGUUCAUUUUAUAGCAAGAAGUCAAUUUCACAAGGAGUGAAAUCCAGACAGAAAUGGGCACAGAAACUUGAGAAACAUGAAGAAGAAAUUCGGAAGUUGACAAUACCAAGUCCUUAUAAAAUAAGUUUAAAGGGACCAGCUUCACAAUGGACUGUGUUCUUCUCACAGAAAGAUGCCUUUCAGUUUGCUAAGCGGGAUCCACAGGAUCUUCAUGUUUUUGCCUAUGAAAGUGAGCUUUUAAAUCAUGGAGCACAAGGAAAAAGAAUGUAUUUGACAGCAAGCUAUCACCAUUUCUGGCACUAUUACAGGCAGCUGCCAGAAUCAAAGAGGCUGCACUAUGAAAUCAUACCUGAAGGAGCAGUGUGUAAGCUGUACUUUGAUUUGGAAUUCAACAAAAGUUUGAAUCCCUCCAAGGAUGGAGAUGUAAUGGUGGACAGCUUUAUCAAGUUUGUGUGCUUUCAUUUGGACACUAUGUUUGGUGUAUACUGUGACAGAAGUAUGGUGCUUGAUCUAGAUGCCAGCACCACAGAAAAGUUCAGCUCCCAUUUGAUUUUCCAACUCCCAGGUGCUGUCUUCAGAAAUAAUGUCCAUGCAGGGCAUUUUGUGCGUAAAAUUUGUAAGAAGUUAAUAGACAUGUGUGCAGAAAGCAAUGAAAAACAGUCAUAUAUGAUCAGUGAUGCUCCUAAGACAACAACUGACUUGUACCAAAAUACGCAAGACGGUGAUCAAACUAAUGCUGGUCAUUCAGAGAUAAAAGAAGUUUACAAAAAGCAAAAAAUGGAUCCACUGGUUUCAUGUGAUGGUCAUACAAUAAGUUCAUAUAUUGCUGUUGGGGGGAGUGAAUAUUCUGUAAAGUAUCCUGGAAAGGUGUCACACCGGGCUCCAAGUGACAGCUCAAUACCUGGGAAGUCUACAGAUCUUACAGUUGAUGACAUUAACUUACCUGGAAAACCAGCAGAUGUCAUCUGUGAUAACAGGUUAUUACCAAGAAAAUCUCCUCAGAAAGUGUUAGAGAGAACCAAAGAAAGCAGUCUUUCAACAAUUUUUAAAGAUGAUGAAAGAUGUGUUGAAGCUGCUUCAAGUCAUUUGCACAGUGAAUGUUCUGUACAGGACUCUAAAAAACUUGGCAUAUGUAAAGAGGAAUUGUUCAAUUUACUGGUGCUGGAUAAACAUGAAAACAGAGUUUUGUUUUGUGAUUUGGCUGUUUACACUAAGAACAGGAACUUCAGGCUGUAUCUUUCCAGUAAAUAUAUGAAGAACAACCCUCUGAAGAUUUCUAAAAGAAAUCAGUACAAGCCUCAUCUUGCAAACAGUGAU